AUGAUCUCUUCACAAGAUAACCAAAAUGCCCUUGUUUACCCUUCUUCUAUGCAUAUGGUGUAUUCUGACCUUGGAUCUCUCUCUCUUACUUCAAACAAAGAGAGUUAUGGUUGCAAGACUUUUGUGAUGGAUGAUGAUAUGGAAGGAAAAGGCUCUUAUUGUAGUGAGGAAACUAACCCUAAUGAGAAUAAUGGAAGUGGGAAAGAGGAAGAUAAUGGACAGUCUAGUAAAUGUGCUAGAGGACAUUGGAGACCUGCGGAAGAUUCCAAGCUUAAAGAACUUGUUGCUCUUUAUGGUCCUCAGAACUGGAAUCUCAUUGCUGAAAAGUUAGAAGGAAGAUCAGGCAAAAGUUGUAGGUUAAGAUGGUUCAACCAACUGGAUCCAAGAAUAAACAGAAGAGCAUUCAAUGAAGAAGAGGAAGAGAGACUAAUGCAAGCACAUAGGAUUUAUGGAAACAAAUGGGCCAUGAUAGCGAGACUAUUUCCUGGAAGAACAGAUAAUGCUGUAAAGAAUCACUGGCAUGUUAUAAUGGCAAGAAAGUACAGAGAACAAUCCAGUGCAUACAGGAGAAGAAGGUUAAUGAACCAAUCUAGUGGUUUCAGAAGAAUGGAUCAAAAUCCAAGCUUUAUCUGCAGGGACACCGCAAGAAUGGAGACAGAACCAUCACCGCCUUAUUUUCUCAAUGGAGCCCCACUUGGGAAUAGUAUGUCCAUUUUUCCAUAUGCUGCUUCUUUACAACAUGGUGCUCAUGGUGGUGGGGUUGAGUAUGGUUUAAAUGGUUUACCUCACAUGAGUGGUGAGAGAGAAGGUUUUCAAGGACCCCUACAUGUUGGUUUCUAUGCUCAACAAGCACCUUUUGAUUUCUUCUCUGGUAGUAGAAGAAACGAAAUGGUGGAAGAAUCAAUGAAUCAUUCAAGAUAUUGGGAUGGGACAAAUGAUGAAUACCAACCACAACAUCAACAACAACAAGAAAUACCAAGUUUCCACCAUCAUUAUCCACAACAACAAUAUCUCAUGUCAAUGCAGCAGCAACAACAACAAAACAAUCACAAUUUCAACAGUUUCUCAAAUUCCUUAGCAUCAUCAACACCUCACAACAACACAGAAAACAGUGGAAAAGUUCUGAUUGAUGACACACAGGAACCAGUUGAAACUCGUCAAUUUUUUGACUUCCUUGGAGUAGGUGCUACAUGA